AUGCUAUCAGACGAGGAGGAUGAAACAAGUUUGAAAUCGUUAGUUGAAGAAUUACAAUCGAAACAAGAAAACAGCCUUGUUUAUUCAAAUGAACAGGACGAAUUCAACAGACUCUCUAAAAAGCGUAAGUUGGAUAGGCUAAACAACUUGAUCGAGAAAUCACAAAUAUAUUCCAAGAUCAUCGCUGACAAUAUCUUGCAAACAACAUUGGAAAAUCAAAAGCAACCACAAGAAAAGGCGGUGGUCACCAAUGAUGAUAAUGACGAUAAUGAUGAUGUAUCACAACAGAAGAAGAAAAGGAGGAAAACAAACAAUAGAAAACUAAAACAGCCUAAAAGAGAUAUUGUUGCUAUGAUGUCUACAAAGAUUUCAGAAUCAACAAAAACAACUAGAGACCAGAUUGAAAAAUCUCAAAGUUAUCAUUCAACUGUUGAUGAGCAGCAGCAGCAGCAACAACAACAACAAAAACAGCCAAAGUUGAUCACAGGUGGUACUUUGAAAAAUUACCAAUUAGAUGGACUAGAAUGGUUGGUCACCUUGUACCAAAAUGGGCUAAAUGGUAUACUUGCAGAUGAAAUGGGGUUGGGUAAGACAUUGCAAUGUAUUGCGUUUCUCAGUUUCUUGAUUGAAAACGGGCUAAAAGGACCUUUUCUAGUGGUGGUGCCUUUACUGACUUUGUCUAAUUGGUUUAACGAAAUCACCAGAUUUGCUCCAAAGAUUAAAGUUUUGAAAUAUUCAGGCUCAAAACAGGAAAGAAGUAGGAUUGAUUUAUUCACAACAAAAGCCAAUAUCGUCAUCACAUCUUAUGAAAUAUCAAUUAAAGACUUUAGCAAGUUUUCCGCUAUAAACUGGCAGUAUCUUAUAGUUGAUGAAGGACAUAGAUUAAAAAAUAAUCAAUGUUUAUUAAUAAAAGUUUUGAAAAAACUAGUAGUCACAAAUAGAUUAUUAAUCACGGGUACUCCAUUACAAAAUAACUUGAAUGAAUUGUGGUCCUUGUUGAACUUUAUCCUUCCUGACAUUUUCCAUGAUUUAGAAUUGUUUCAACAAUGGUUCAAUUUUGAUGAAUUGACUAAAUUUGAACAAGAUGAGGAACAAGAUGAAGAAACAAGAAAAUUGAUAAAGUAUAAUAUUCAAGAAACUUUGAUUAAAAACUUGCAUACCAUUUUAAAGCCAUUUAUAUUGAGAAGAUUGAAAAAGGACGUUAUUAGGGACUUGCCACCUAAAAAGGAAUACUUGAUUCAUAUCCCUUUAACUAAUUUGCAGAAAAAGAUUUAUUUGGAUGCUUUAAAUGGCCAACUACAAGCAGGGUUAAUUGAAAGUAAUUUAAAAGAAUAUAUUGAAUAUAACCAUUGUGAUUUGUUUACUGGAAGGGAUAGAAAUAUCAUAGAUGUAUUCUUAAAGGCAAAGAAAAGUACCGACCCGACAAAGAAACGACUUUUAAAGAAAAUAUCUUAUCAAGAAGAGGACUCUGAAGAAGAGUUUUAUGAGGAUGAAGCAGCUGUUGAUGAUGAUGAUGAUGAUGAUGAUGAUGAUGAUGCUUCAAAUGAAACAUAUGAACAAGUGCUUUUACAACUCCCUAAACUUAAAACAAAAAGAGAUAAACAACAACUCAUUUUAACCACGUUAUAUAAGAAAAUCACCUCGCGCAUAAAGCAUCUUAAUUUGCAAGCACUAAGAUUGAUUCAGUUACGAAAUAUAUGUAACUCGCCAUACCUAUACUAUGAGCCAUUCCCCAUUGAUAGCCAACAUGACACCCAGUUUAUGACAAAAUUGGUUGAAAAUUCAUGUAAAUUUCAAGCAUUGGAAGUGAUACUAAUACCAUUAAUCACUUCGAGGCAACACCACAAGUGUCUUUUGUUUUCCCAAUUUACAAAAGUUUUGGAUUUGAUCCAUGACUGGCUAACAUGGAAAGGCUUUGAAGUAUGUAGAUUAGACGGAUCUACACCUCAACAGGAAAGAGAAGAACAAAUUCAGUUGUUCAAUGACGCUACUUCUCCAUUCAAAGUUUUCCUACUAUCUACUAGAGCAGGAGGUCUUGGAAUCAAUUUGGUAGGUGCCGACACUGUUAUACUAUUUGAUAAUGAUUGGAACCCACAAAUGGAUUUACAAGCAAUUGAUCGUGUACAUAGAAUUGGACAAACUAAACCUGUCAAGAUAUUUAGAUUUGUUGUUCGCGAUUCAAUUGAAGAGAUUUUAAUAAGCAAAAGUAGCUCGAAACGGUUUUUGGAGAAGUUGGUUAUACAAAUGGGUGAGUUUAAGUUCAACAAGAUAAAGCAAAUGAUUGGCAACGAUGACGGUAAGGAAUUAGAAGUGGAUCUAAAAGAAUUACUUGAAAUGAGUAAACAUAACUUUAGAUACCGACAAGAAGAAGAAAAAGAGGAAGAAAAAGAAGAAGAAGAAGUUGAUGGCAAGGAUAAUAAAUUCAAUUUGAGCAAAGAGGAGCUGGAUGAAUUAUUUGACCGAUCACGCAAGUGUUAUUCAAAUACAGACGAUUCACGGUUUAAAAACGUUACAAUUUUUGAAACAGUAAAUAACAUGGAUAAAUAA